AUGCGUGGUGACCCAGAAAAAUUGGAUAUAUAUCGCAAGGUACCAAAAGAUUUAACGCAACCCACAACAGUUGGAGCUGUUAUUUCAAUUGUAUCUCUACUUUUUAUAUUUCUUAUGGUCUUUGCAAGUUUAGUCAACUUUUUGACACCAAAAAUACAGUCGGAGAUGUUUGUGGACGAUCCGGGUCGCGAAGGCCGAGUCAAAGUGACCGUCAAUGUUUCACUACCGUUUUUGUCUUGUGAAUAUAUAGGAGUGGAUAUACAAGAUGAAAACGGAAGGCACGAGGUCGGAUUUGUUCAUAACACAGAGAAGUUUCCAAUUGGAGAUUCCGGUUGUCGCUUUGAAGCUGCUUUUGAAAUUAACAAGGUGCCAGGAAACUUUCAUCUUAGCACACAUUCAUCUGCCCAGCAACCAGCUAACUAUGACAUGCGACAUCAAAUACACUCUGUUAAAUUUGGCGACAACAUUGGGGAUGAGAUUCCGUUUGGAAGCUUCAAUCCGUUAAACGGUCGCGAUGCAACAGGCGGUGAACCUCUAAGCACUCAUGAUUACGUUUUAAAGAUUGUGCCGUCGGUAUAUGAAACGAUGAGCGGUAAAGUAAAGUACAGUUACCAGUAUACUUAUGCCCACAAAGAAUAUUUGUCACGUCACUCAACUGGGAGAAUUAUUCCAGCGAUUUGGUUCCGUUACGAACUACAACCGAUUACUGUAAAAUACACAGAACAAAGAGGGCAAAGCUUUGAUACUCUCGUCACAUCAAUUUGUGCCGUAGUGGGUGGUACUUUUGUAAUUGCUUGGUUUAUCGAUUCAUUCCUAUUUACGUUAAGCGAAAUUUACAAGAAGUAUCAGAUUGGUAAACUCAGUUAA